AUUGGUUCCUUGACAUGGUAUCGGAGCCUCAUUGACUAAGAGGCCACGGGUUCGAAACUCAGCUCCACCCAGUUAAAAAAAAUUAAGGUUUCACGUGCAAGGCUCGAAAAAGACUACGCAUGCACAUUGAAAUUACAGAAGACAAAAAGGGGACUAGAGGAGGGGAAGUGAAAAACCAAAAACACGAAAACAACAACAAGAUUGCAGCACAAACAUUCACGUUCAGGGAGCUGGCAGCCGCCACCAAGAACUUCCGGAAAGAAUGUCUUAUUGGCGAGGGCGGAUUCGGCCGCAUUUACAAGGGCCGCUUGGAGAGUACUGGCCAGAUUGUGGCAGUGAAACAAUUGGACCGUAACGGGAUGCAGGGAAACAAAGAGUUCCUAGUGGAAGUCUUCAUGCUCAGCCUUCUUCACCAUCCCCACCUCGUCAGCUUGAUCGGUUAUUGCGCCGAUGGCGAUCAAAGGCUUCUUGUUUACGAGUACAUGCCAUUGGGUUGUCUUGAGGACCAUUUACUUGAUCUUCAUCCCAACCAAGCUGUGUUGGAUUGGUCAAAGAGGAUGAAGAUCGCGUUACACGCAGCCAAAGGCUUGGAAUACUUGCACGAAAAGGCCAACCCGCCCGUGAUUUACCGCGACUUGAAGUCCUCAAACAUACUCCUUGACACCGAAUUCAAUGGCAAGCUCUCUGAUUUUGGGCUUGCCAAGGUGGGGCCCGUCGGAGACAAUUCCCACGUCUCUUCGCGGAUAAUGGGGACGUACGGGUACUGUGCUCCCGAGUACCAAAGGACCGGCCAUCUCAGUGUCAAGUCAGACGUCUACAGCUUUGGGGUUGUGUUGUUGGAAUUGAUCACCGGAAAGAGGGCGGUUGACCCUAUGAGAAAAGGCCAUGAGCAAUUGUUGAUUGCCUGGGCGGAGCCGUAUUUCAGAGACCAGAGCAAGAUCUUUGAACUCCUGGACCCGCUUCUGAAAGGAAAUGCGCCGAAGAAGAGUUUUAGACAAGCGGCUGCAAUAGCAACAAUGUGCUUGGAAGAGGAUCCGGAAGUGAGGCCAUUGAUGACGGAUGUGGUGAGUGCUCUGAGUCAUCUUUCGGAUGAGCUGAGGAGCAAAUCAGAUGAUUCUUCCCACGAGGAGGAAUCUCCGACAGAGGACAAUAAUAAGAAGAAGAAUGGUGGGUUAUCCGCGGAGGAAGAACGCCAAAGAGCUGUUGCAGAAGCCAUAGAAUGGGGCGCGAAUUCGAGAAACCAGCAAGCAUGACUAUGAAUGUGAAAAGCUGUUCAUUUGAGGAUCACGCCACAGUCACACCACGGACGACACCAAAGUUGACACCUUCAGUAUUUCAUAAUGUGAUUGUUUCUGGUGUUGUCAUCCCAAAGGUCAAAAUAGCAUUGCUUAUUAAUUUGGUUCCUUUAGUGUUAUGUAAACUAUGCUUAUUAUCCAUUC